AUGUGGGCAGGAAGUUUGGACUCAGGUUGGUUUGAUUCUCGUUCAAUUUUGGAGUCUGAGUUGGAUGAGGAAUUUUACAGUGUUCAUGAUGAUUUUGUGUCUGUAAAUGGGGGCAUUUUGUCUCCAAAAACACCAAAAUCAAAGAGGAAAGGACUUGCAAAGCUCUCCUCAUUUUCAAAACUUUCCUUUAAAUUCAGGGACGGACAUGUUUCACCUAAGGGUCUUACAAAAAGACCACUCGCAGGUUCCUCGACAAAAAUUUGCCCCAUAGAUAAGAAUCUUCCUGAUUCUUGGUCACCCAUUGCACCUAGUAGCUUUAAAGUCCGGGGACAGAACUAUUUUCGGGAUAAGAAGAAAGAGUUUGCUCCUAAUUAUGCUGCAUUUUGCCCCUUUGGUGCUGAUGUCUUCUUAUCCCCUCGGAAAAUUGAUCACAUAGCUCGUUUUGUAGAACUUCCUGCUAUGAAUUCUCGUGAAGAAAUCCCUUCGAUUCUUGUUGUCAAUGUCCAGGUGCCGUUAUAUCCUGCCACGGUCUUUCAAAGUGAAAAUGAUGGAGAAGGAAUGAGUUUGGUGUUCUACUUCAAGUUAUCUGAAAGUUACUCAAAGGAUUUGCCACUUCAUUUCCAAGAAAAUUUCAAUAGGAUAAUCAACGAUGAAGUGGAGAGGGUUAAAAGUUUCCCUUUAGAUACAAUUGCGCCUUUUAGGGAAAGGUUGAAACUCUUGGGCCGAGUUACAAACAUCGAAGAUCUUCAUUUAAGCGCAACUGAGAAGAAGCUUAUGAAUGCAUAUAAUGAAAAGCCUGUUUUAUCACGUCCUCAGCAUGACUUUUACUUGGGAGGAAACUACUUUGAGAUUGAUAUUGACAUGCACAGAUUCAGCUACAUUGCUCGGAAAGGUUUCGAAGCAUUUCAGGACAGAUUUAAGCUGUGUACCUUGGAUAUUGCCCUAACAAUUCAGGAAAGUAAGGCGGAAAACUUGCCCGAAAAUAUCUUAUGUUGCAUAAGAUUAAAUAAAAUUGACCACGCUAAUCAUCGUCAACUGGGCCUAUAAGCAACAGACUCUCAAAUCUAGGGAAUGACAGUACGGUUCAAGUUUCCUGAUGAAUGUAGUACUUGUAGUACUGAUUUAGAGCUAUAGCCAUUAUCUUUUCUUUCUAUUUGCUUCCCCCCUGUAAUCUCUUGCAAUUUGUGAGUUUCCUUUUCAUGGAAUUAUAUGAGUGUACAGUCUGACGUCGAAAAAUGAAACAAAUAAAAUACACAAAUUCUCUUCAUUUAAUUUUUUUAUU